AUGGGUAUCACAUCUGCAAGACAAGUUGAAAGGCCUGGAUGAGAAAAGUGUCCAACAGCAUGGCAGAAUUCGACGGAACGUUAUCUUCUGUCAUAUCCACCCGCGGACCGUUCGGGAAUGAAACCCUACCCAUUUUCGCCUCUGGGGAUUUGGAUUCGAAGAAAGCAAUCUUGUUUAUUGGAGGUUUAGGGAAUGGACUUGGAGAUGUUCCUUUUACAUAUGCCCUUUCUGUCGCGUUGGGGAGGAUCGGGUGGAAGUUAGUUCAAAUGCACUGGUCUUCCGCCCAUGAAGGUUUCGGCACUGGAUCUAUAGAUCGUGAUAGGGACGAAAUGGAAUGUGUCGUAAAACAUCUCCGUUUUCAAGGUCACGAAAAGAUAGUCAUCAUGGGACAUUCUACCGGUUCUCAAGAUGUCAUCAAUUAUCUAUCUUCACCAUCUCUGAUCCCAUCUGCUACGGCUCAUAUUCCUUGGACUGACCCUGGAUGUUUGGCAUCAAUGAGGGCCAAAGUAGAUGGAGGAAUCAUGCAAGCUCCAGUUUCAGAUAGAGAAUAUCAUGUUUCGGCUGAUAAUCGAGCAUGGUUGGAUGCUUUGCCAGUGGCUGAGAAGAUGUUAAAGGAAGGGAAUGGGGAUGAGUUGUUGCCUAAACCUGUUAGGGAAAGAAUGGGAGUGAUGAUGACUGCUUAUCGAGCUUGGAGUUUGUUGGCGGUUGGAGGGUAUGACGAUUACUUUUCCGCCGAUAUACCCAUUCACGAUUCAUCUGGAAAGUUCUGUCAUCCUCUCUCUCAAUCUUUCGGUAAACUUUCCUCUCCCGCACUCGCACUUUAUUCCGGAAAAGACGAAUUCGGUCAACCGGGAGAUCGUACCCCCGUACUUCAACGAUGGGCGGAAGUGAGUGGUGGGAAACUGGAAUGGAAGAUCAUACCUGGUGCUGGUCAUGCGAUACCGGAACCUUCGGCACAAGUGAUGAUGUGUGGUAUAGUGACGGAUUGGUUGAAGAGAGUUGUGGAGAAUUGAGCAAUCAUCGUUCGUCUACACUUCAGUUCACAGUGCUUCAUCACCUCUGAUACCUAUUUGGGUAGUUAAAGUCGAAGUCAAUUCAACCUCUCAUUCUCCGUUAAUCGAAAAACAUCAUAAAAAUCAUUGAUAGAAUGAUAUGAUUCAUUCCAUGCAUGUUCAUUCCUUCU